GGAGUGCUCUCUUUCUCCGGUGCUUUCUCAAUAAAUUUAUCAUUCCCAGCUUGUUGUGGCUUUAGUUUUGCAACACAUUUUACCCAUAGCUUAGCUAACUUGGCAGAGCUGCCACAGUAUGGUCAGUGGGUAGUCUCUCAUGGCUUCCAUGGUGAUCCAAACCUCCUCAACCUCUACUCCUCCUCCUCCACCUUUGAACCAUCCAAUAAAAUAUGAUGUUUUUUUGAGUUUUAGAGGUGCGGACACCCGCACAAAAUUUACAGACCAUUUAUACAAUGCAUUACAUGUUCAGGAAGGCAUCCCCACCUUUAGGGAUUCUGAAGAGCUCGAGAAGGGAGAAGAUCUUUCACAACUCUUUGAGGCAAUUGAAAAAUCGAAAAUUGCAGUUGUCAUUCUUUCAAGUAACUAUGCUUCUUCGACAUGGUGUUUGAGAGAAGUUGCCAAGAUUGCCGAAUGCAGAAAUAAGACCGGACUCAUCGCUUUGCCGGUAUUCUAUGAGAUCGAACCAACCCAGGUACGAAGCCAGACAGGAAGUUUCAAGAAAUACUUUGAUGAACAUGAACAGAAAUACAAGGACAGCACAGAGAAGGUCGAUAUUUGGAGGAAAGCGUUGACUGAAAUAGGUGGUCUCUCCGGAUGGGAUUUAAAAGAAGUCAGGUCGGAGACCACUGUUAUUAAAGAGAUAGUAAAAUGUGUCGACACAAAAUGGAAGCUCAAAUUUAAUCCUGCAUUCUCAAUUGAGGAUUCCAAGGAUUUUGUUGGGAUGGAUCACACGAUCCAAAUCGAAUUGGACUUGGAUAUAGAGAUGUUGGACAAAAUCGUUGUCAUUGGAAUUUGGGGGGUGCCGGGAGUAGGUAAGACAACGAUUGCAGAAGUUGUGUUUCGAAGAAAUUGGCACCAUUUUGAAGCUAACAGUUUCCUUGCUAAUGUUGGAGAGAUACAUGAGGAGAAGGGACUAUUGCAUAUACAGAAGCAACUUUAUCGCGACUUGUUGGAUAGCAAAGUUAUAACUAUGAAAGAUGUCACUGCGGCAAGAAGAAAAUUGAGACACAAAAAGGUGCUUAUCAUUCUUGAUGGUGUGACUGAGUUAGAUACUGUUGUUGAGCUAGUAGGAAUUGGUGGUAAAGAAUUAAACGAAUGGUUUGGUCUAGGCAGUAGAAUCAUUAUAACCACAAUAGACAAAAAGUUGUUGGAGGAUUUUGAGGCAAAAACACACGAGGUUGAGACACUUUCUGAAAAUGAGUCUCGUGUGCUCUUCUUCCGGAAAGCCUUCAAGAAAGGCCAUCCUCUGCAUGAUUGUACUGAGUUGGACUUCAAGUUCAAGAUAGAUCAUACUAUGCGUCAGUAUGUUGAGUUGUCUUACAAAUUUGUGGAUUUAACUGACGGUCUUCCUUUGGCUAUUGUAGUUUUGGGAAGAUUGUUAUUGAACAGAUCUUUGGCCCAAUGGGAUGCUGAACUUCGCACACUAGAAGCUAAUCAUGUUUCUAAUGAUAAGAAAUCUUUUGCGAUUCUUAAGCUAUGUAUUGAUGGAUUACGUGAUCGAGGAAAGGAAAUUUUCUUGGACAUUGCAUGCUUCUUUAAAGGAGAUGACAAAAAACGUGUAGAAAGGAUAUUUGAAAGCUGUGGCCACAAUCCAGGCAUUGAAUUGGACAUUCUCGUUGAGAAAUCUGUAGUAACAAUUGUGGGAGGAAAAUUGUGGAUGCAUGAUUUACUACAAGAAGCUGGCCAGAAAAUGGUUAUUCAAGAAUCCAAAAGACUAUGGAAACGCAGCAGAUUGUGGGAUCAUGAAGAAGCCAUUUCUGUACUUAAACAUGAUAAGGGAACAAGCGCUGUCAAAGGUAUUUUCUUAAGCUCACCUCAACUCUGCAAAGUGCGAUUGAAGGCCGACUCAUUUUCAAAAAUGGACUUUCUUAGAUUGUUGAAAAUAAAGAAUGUGAAAUUUUCUGGAUGCCAUGAAUACGAUCUUUCAAAUAAAUUAAGCUUCUUGGAAUGGCAUGACUUUCCUUCAACAUUUCUGCCAUCUGAGUUUGAACCGAAGAAUCUUGUUGAGCUGCACUUGCCUCGAAGCCAAGUAGAGCAAUUAUGGGAGGAUAAUAUAACGCCUCCUUUGGAAAAGUUGGUUGUAAUGGACCUUAGUAAUUGCAAAGAGUUGACCACUACCCCAGACUUCCAGUCAGUGCCAAAUCUUGAGAGCCUAGUCCUCAAAGGUUGUACAAGAUUGUCUGAGGUAGACCUAACCAAUGGAGAUCAGCUCCAAAAGCUCAUUUCAUUGAAUCUGGAAGGUUGUGAGUCUCUUAGUAGUCUUCCCAACGGUAUCUGCAGCUUGAGAUCUCUCACAACUUUCAUUCUUUCGGGAUGUUCCAGACUUGCAAAUCUUCCGGAGAAGAUUGGGGAAAACAUGAAACAAUUAUCCGGACUUGAUUUGGAGGGGACAGCUAUAAAAGGGCUACCAACAUCAAUUAAGCACUUGACUGGUCUUAUUCAGCUCAAUCUAAAAGACUGCAAGAACCUUUUAAGUCUGCCAGCCGUCAUUUGUAGUUUGACAAAACUUCAAGUUCUCAACCUAUCUGGCUGCUCAAAUCUUGCUGAGUUACCAGAAAACUUGGGAAGUUUAGUAGGUUUGAAGGAACUUGAUGCAAGCAGAAGUUGUAUAAGACAAGUACCUUCCUCCAUUCUACUUCUGAAGGACCUUGAAAGUUUAUCUUUUUGUGGAUGUGCAGGUUUGCAGCCAUCAGCAUGUCCCAUAGGUUUGCAGUUGCCUGCUUCAUUCUCGGGAUUAGAUUCUUUGACAAAAUUAGAUCUAAGCUAUUGCAAACUGUCUGAUGGAGCAAUCCCUGCUGAUCUUCACUGCUUAUCUUCACUUAAUCAUCUAAGUUUAAGUGGGAAUAGUUUAGUGAGUGUACCGGAAAGCAUCACUAAACUUUCUAAGCUUGAAGUCCUUCUAUUGAAUGAUUGUAGCGAGCUUCGAUCAUUACCAGAUCUUCCAUCAAGUAUACGACGUGUUUUUGCACGGAAUUGUCCUCUGCUCAGAACUUAUUCAAAUAAAUUAACUGUGUGGAGUUCAACUGCUACAGGAUUUUGUUUCAUAAAUUCCCAAAGUAGUGAAGAACGUAAACUUCAGAGGAUUCCGAUAUCAGAACAACAUCUUCUGCGGCCUCAUUUGCAAAAGUUCUAUGAGGAUAUAAUUUAUAAAGGUUGUGGUUUUGAAUAUAUUACUCCUCACACUGAAAUUCCAUCAUGGUUCGGUCACCCGGGUACAGGGUCGUCUGUAACACUCAAGCUACCUCUAGAUUAUUUCGAUGGCAAACGUGAGUUGAUGCGACUUGCUCUAUGUUUUGUUUAUGAAGCGCAGGAGCAUGAGAAUAUGGAAUCAACAGCUUCUAACAUCUCGGCUCAGGAAGUAAAAUAUAGUUGCAAUUACAGUUGUCGCUUGUCCACAUAUGGAGGUCCUCAUGAUGACUGUCCCCUCCUCGUGUGUAAACUCAUGGAUCAUGAUUAUGUUGGAUCUUUUCGACAUUGGGUCUAUAUAGCAGGGGGGCUGUUUGCAGAAAGGUUAAUCAAACGCUCUGUUCGGGCUGAAGUUAUAAUCAACAGACCACGGGUGAAAGUGAAAGCCUGUCGGGCAAGUCUAAUAUACUCUGGAGGUGUGACAGAAUUUGUUUGGAAUUUGAAUCUCCGUGAUGAAAUUCAUAUGAGAAAUCUGUCGAGUGGGGAUCAAAAGGAAAAAUCUGACGAUGAGUUUAAUAAACAAGAACAAGAAACUAUUUGUGAUCAUCAGCUGGAACUAAAACAUGUACCUGUCCAAUAUCAGGCCCAAAUGAACCGCAUGAUCUCAUUGUAUGAUACUAAGCGAAGUUACAAGCAAUCCCUUGACCAUGAUGCCGGAUCAUCUAGUAGAACCAGCAGCAGCACUGAAGAACCUCAUCAAAGAUUAGAAAUACCAAAAUCCAAUGAUCAGUCCAACAAACAAGAUCAAGAGACUAAUUAUGGUUGUGCUACAGACAAAAGAUUCUUGAUUGAAAUUGAACCACACAAUUCAAGAGAUAGUUCAACUUCAACCACGAUCUUUGAUGAUCAAUUGAGAACAAAUGUAGAGCCAUUCCUUGAGGAACUAUUUGAGCUAGGAGGCAAAGCACGUCGCAACGAUUUAGGUUUCAUUUUCCCUCUCCGAGCAAUUUUGCCGUGGUUUAAUCAUCAAUGCAUUGGGAACGUAUUCAUUCCAGAAAAAGAAAGAAUUGGGAGUUCAGUAAGCCUACCUCUUCCUCUAGAAUUGUAUAACAAUAAGGAAUGGGUAGGAUUUGCUGUAUAUGUGGCCUUCACUCUGCCUCCAGGUGUUUCACUUGAAAAAUCAUGUUGCUUCAAGUCUGUAUUGUAUACUAGUGAUGGACAUUUUUAUUGCCUAAAAUUAUCGGCGGCUUGUGAAGACAAUUUUAGGGGAGCACAUCGACUCCUUGUCAUCCAUAUACCACGAGGGCGUUUUAAAAAACAGUUGAAUGAGUGCGUGGGAAUUCGUGCUGCUUUUGUCUCCUCAACUCCAAGUGUGGAGGCUGAGAUGUGUGGGAUCCGUGUAGUAUACGAGCAAGAUUUGAAAGGGUUAAUCCAAACAAUUACCCAAUGCACCACAAGAAAUCCGCCUGCAGUUUACUAUGGACUAGCUCAUUCAUUCGUGCCAGAUGGAAGAGAUUCUUUCAUGUUAGCUAUUAUGGAGGAUAAUUUGAUUGAAGCAGCUAAAUCCAGCAAAAGGAAGCUUUCAACCUUGCAAGAGCCUUUAACAGAUUCAAAGUUCCUCAGUGGUCAACAAAUUUACUUAGAGAUAGAGGCUGGAACUCCAUACAUGCCGCACAAGUUCAAAAAUUCCAUAGUUGACUGGAAAAAAAACCUUGAGCUUUUGCUUGAAUGUUUCUUUACCCUUUCUGAUCUAUCUAUUAAUCUCACUCUUCACAGAAGCACAACCUCUUUCUCAAGGGAUUUUGAUCCUUGUUCUGGUAUUUUCCUUCAAAGAGAAAUUCCAGAGUGGUUCACACGACAAUAUCCCUCCGAGAGUAUGGUGUUGGAACUUCCUCCAAAUUUGGAAAAUGAUUUGAAUUUCAAUGGACUUGUUGUAUGUGCUGCCUUUUCUGUCCAUGCCUCUGAAGCUGACGUCCUCAAAUAUCUGAAAUCAGGACUCCAUCCCCAACUUACGUGCCAUUUCCAAAAUUUGAGUUCUGAAUCUUCUGAUCAAUCUUAUGGUCUUACAGCUCCCAUGAUUGAUACCAGUCCCGAGAACAAAUUCAUGUGGUUAUAUCGCAGAGGAUUCAUUUGGCAGGAAUACCUACCCCGUGACUUAUUUAAGGAUCUGCUGCAUAAAGAUUCUUCAGUCAAGGUUUCAUUUAGGAGUGAUUCUUCCCAAGUCUUGGAGGUACAGAAAUGUAGCUUCCGCAUCUUAUACAAGCAAGAUGUGGAAAAAUUCCAGCAAAUGUUAAUAGAGUGCUUUGCCUCCUUCUUUGACAAUUACGACAUCAUUCGAGCAUAUUUAGUACAGGAUUCUGGAGAUUACAGCCACUUAAAUCAUCAUGCAGUUACACCUUUUUGUCAGGGUGAGACUAGUGGAAAAGCCAAUGAUCAGCUGGAACUAGGACAUGUACCUGUCCAAUAUCAGCCCCAAAUGGACAGCAUGAUCUCUUUGUAUGAUACUAAAGGAAGUAACAUGCAAUCCCUUGACCAUGAUGCAGGAUCAUCUAGUAGAACUGGCAGCAGUACUGAAGAACCUCUUCAAAUAUUAGAAAGACCAGAAUCCAAUGAUCGGUCCGAUGAACAAGUGCACGGAACUAAUUCUGACCUUACACAUGUAGCAGAAUGUGGUUAUGCUUCAGACACUAUAUUCUUGAUUGAAAUUGAACCACACACUUCAAGAGAUAAUUCAAGUUCAACCAAGAUUGUUGGUGGUCAAUUGAGAACAAAUGUAGAGUCAUUCCUUGAAGAACUAUUUGAGCUGGGAGGCAAAGCACGUCGCUAUGAUUUAGGUUUCAUUUUCUCUCUUCGAGCAAUUUUACCGUGGUUUAAACAUCAAGGCAUUGGGGACGUGAUAGGUGUACCUCUUCCUCUAGAAUUGUAUAACAACAAGGAAUGCAUAGGAUUUUCUCUAUAUGUGAUCUUCACUCUGCCCCCAGGUGCUUGGCUUAAAGAAGGUUCUUGUUUUAAAAUUGAGUUUACUGAAGAGCCAAGGUAUUGCCUAAACUUAGCGUCCGCUGGUGAAGACAAUUUCAGGGGUUCACAUCGACUCCUGGUUAUUCACAUACCACAAAGACAUUUUGGAGAACAGUUGAACCAGUGGAGUACCAUUCGUGCUUCUUUUGAAUCCCUUAUGCCAGGUGUGGAGGUUGAGAUGUGUGGCAUGCGUGUAGUAUACCAGGAAAAUUUGAAAGGGUUAAUCCAAACAAUUACCAACUGCACAAUAUGCAGUCCCCCUGCUUACUAUGGACUUGCCCAACCAUUUGUGCCGGGAAGGUGGUCUUAUGUGUUCACACACAUGAGGAAUAGUUUGGUUGAAGCAGCUAAAUCCAGCAAGAGGAAGCUUUCAACCUUGCAAGAGCCUUUAACAGAUUUAAAAUCCAUCCAAGGAAUUCAGUUACUGAUACUUGCUGCAACUCCAUUUACUUCACUCAAGAAAACAGAAACAGUAAUCAAGUGGAAAAGAAACCUUAAGCUUUUGCUUCAACGUUUCUUAACCCUUUCUGGUCUAUCAAUAAGUCUCAUUCUUAGAGGAGGCAGAAUUUCUUUCUCAGAGGAUCAUAAUCUUCAUACUGGUAUUUUCUUUCAAAAGGAAAUUCCAGACUGGUUUACACCACAUCACUCUGCCAGUAUGGUGCCCGAACUUCCUCCAGAUUUGGAAAAUGAUAUGAAUUUGAUGGGUUUUGUUGUAUGUGCUGCCUUUUCAGUCCACGCCUCUAAAGCUGAUGUCCUCAAAUAUCUGGAUUCGGGACACCAUCCCGAACUUAUGUGCCAUUUCCAAUCAAGUUCUGACUAUUCUGGUGUAGUAGUUCGUAACAUGGUUGGCAUCAGUCCGAAGAACAAAUUCAUGUGGUUUUAUCGUAGAGGAUUCAUUUGGCUGCAUUACGUGCCCCGUCACAAUGUUGAGCAUCUCUUCAAUAAACUAUCUGAACUAGAGGUUUCAUUUGAGAGUGAUUCUCCCCAAGUAUUGGCAGUACAGAAAUGUAGCUUCCGUUUCUUAUACAAGCAAGAUGUAGAAGGAUUUAAUCAAACAAUAAUAGAGUGCUUUACCUCCUUCUUUGACAACGGGGAUAUCAUUAAGCCAUAUAUAGAAGAAGAGGACUCUGGACAUAAUAAGUGGCCAAAUCAUGGAGAUGAGAUGGGACCAUCUAGUACAACUGGUGGCAACAUUGUCAUUGAGCAAACUCACAAUGAGAGAUUAGAUGUACCCAUAACUGAUGGGAAGGGGAAAGGCCCUUCUGAUGUCUCCUCAGUUGAAGCAGAUGAGAGAGAUUAUUAUGGAACUACAGCUGUUUGUCAGGGUGAAACUAGUGGACAAGCAGCCAGUCAUCAACUGGAACUAGUUACACAUGUAGUAGAAGAAGAACAUGGUUCUAGUACUUCUCCUCAACAGCUAAUCCCAUUCUUAUCUGAAAUUGAACCUCCCGCCUCAACAGGUUCAAGUUCAACAAGAUUUGAAGGUGAUCAGUUCAGAGCUAGUGGAAAAUGCAGUGAUCAGCUGGAACUAGUUACACAUGUAGUAGAAGAAGAACACGGUUCUAGUUGUCCUCCGGAGCUAAUACCAUUCUUAUUUGAAAUUGAACCUUCCGUCCCAACAGAUUCAAGUCCAACCAAAUUUGAAGGUGAUCAGUUCAGAACAAAUGUGGAGACUUUGCUCGCAGUAAUGUUUCGAGAUAAGAUCAAAGGAUAUGACUUUGAACAUGGUUUUAUUUUAUCUCCGAGAGUUGGAGCAAUUUUGCCAUGGUUUAAUCACCAAACCAUUGGGAGCGAAGCACUAGUACUUCAUCUUCCUCCGGAUUUAUACAACGAUAAGAAAUGGGCAGGGUUAGCUCUAUAUGUUGCUUUCACUGUGCCCCCAGGUUAUACGGAAAACAUUCUAUGUCGCUGUUCUUUGUCUACCUCUGCAGGACAUGCAGAAGCGAUCACAAUAGCAUGCUCCCAAGGCAAUUUUUCCGGAUCACGACGACUCUGUUUCAUUCAUAAACCGCGUGCACGUUUUCCAGAACAGUGGAAUACGUGUAGUUACAUUUCUGCCUUCUUUGAAGUCCUUACUCCAGUUGUGGAUGUUGAGAUGUGUGGGAUCCAUCUACUAUACGAGCAAGAUCUGAUAGGGAUAAUCCAAACAAUUACCCACUGCACUAUCAGGAGUCCGCCUGUUUACUAUGGGAUUGGAUUUGCUAACACACCACGUCAGUCGCAAAUGGGUCAGCCUUUUGCGGAUAUAAAUAUGGACACAAAUUUGAAUGAACUCGCUGCAAGGACGCCAUCUACCGCUCAAGAGCCUGUAAAGACCCUUGUUGGUCAAGUAAUUCAUUUACGCAUACAUGGUGACACCCCAUUCAAGAAAAAAUAUUCAGUGAUGGAGUGGAAAAAAAACCUUCAGUUUUUGCUUCAAUGUUUCUUUAGGUUUCCUCUAUCUAUAACCCUCACUCUUGGAGGAGACGUCAUCUCUAGCCUAGGUGAUUCUGAUCCUUACUGUCUCUGCAGCUCAAGUAUUAUCCCUCAAAAGGACAUUCCAAAGUGGUUCUGUGGGGUGAAAUAUCACACAAAUAAGUUGAAGACCACACUCCCUCCGAAUUUGGAAAAUGAUGAGAACUGGUUGGGAUUUGUUGUCUGUGCUGCGUUUUCAGUCCAUGCGUCCCAAGCUGACGUCCUCAGUUAUCUGGAUUCAGAAAACUAUCCGAAACUUACAUGCCUUUUGCAGUGGGGUUCUGAAAGAGCUUUGAAUCUCAAAGCUGGCAAGAAGUCGAGCAUUGUUCUCAAGAAUGAAUUCAUGUGGUUAUAUCUUAGACGAUUCAUUUGGCUGCGAUACAUACCCCAUCAGAAAUUUAAGGAUCGGUUACAUAUAUCUGAUCACCUAGAGGCUUCAUUUAGGACUGAUUCAAUUUCUUCCAAAGUCUUGAGGAUACAGGAAUGCAGCCUGCGUGUUCUAUACAAAAAAGACGUGGAAGAAUUUAAGCAAACAAUAAUAGAGUGCUUUACCUGCUUCUUUGACAACGAGGAUGUCAUUCGGCCGUAUAUAGGAGAGGAUUCCAGACAUAACAAGUGGCCAAGUCAUGCAGAUGACAGAGAUUCUUAUGGCACUACACCUGUUUGUCAGGGUGAACGAGGUUCUGCAUCCAGUACUUCUCCGGAGUUAAUGCCAUUUUUCAUUGAAACUGAACCUCCAGCUUCAACGGAUUCAAGUUCAACCAAAGUUACACGGCAACUGAGAAUGAUAGAGUCAUCGCUUGAACAACUAUUUCAGCAGGGGGGCAGCGCACGCCACUAUAAUUAUGGCUUUAUUUUAUCUCCUAGAGUCAGAGCAGUUUUGCCGUGGUUUAGUCAUCAAAGCAUUGGGAACGAAGUUAAAAUUAAUGCCCCUCCGGAUUUGUAUAAAGAUAAUAAAUGGGUAGGCUUUGCUCUAUAUGUUGCCUUUACUCAGUCUCCAGGUUCACAUAGUUGCUCUAUGUGUAGUUUGUCUGUCUUCCCAGGACAUUCAGUACAUUCCAUAAACACAUGCCUCGGUGAAGACCAAUUUUCCGGAUCACGGAGACUUUGUUUCUUUCAUAUACCACGUGCGCGCUUCCCUGAGCAGUGUGAUCAGUGUCCUGUCAUUUUUGCUCGGUUUGAUUUCUUUAGCCCAGGUUCGGAGGUUGAAAUGUGUGGGAUCCGUGUAGUGUAUGAUGAAGAUAUAAAAGGGCUAGUCCAAACAAUUACUCAGAGCACUAUCAGGAGUCCUCCGCCUUUUUACUUCUCCCAAGAUGAAAAAACAGAAAUCUUUUCCCCGGGGAGGCUUUUGCUGCCCGUACAUAUGGCCUUGAGUUUGGUUGCUUACUCCAAAGCCUGCAUCCUGCCCACACGAAGCGCACGAAGUCCACUGGUUCCAUCCAUGAAAUUUGGUAAAGUAAACUUGGUCAUACAUGGUGACACUCAAUUCAGGAAAGAUACAACCGAGUGGAAAAGAAACUUCGAGAUUUUGCUUCAAUCUUUCUUCAGGCUUGAUCUGUCCGUAAAACUCGUUCUCGGAGAAGACACCAUCGCUUUCUAUCAGGAUUGCUUCAACCAUGCUUGUCUUUUCCCUCAAAAGAAGAUUCCAGAUUGGUUCAAAGAAAAAUCUCUCACAUCUACGUAUGUGUACCCACUUCCCGAUGAUUUGGAAAGUGACAACAAUUGGAUGGGACUUGUUGUAUGUGCUGCCUUUUCAGUACACCCACUUCCAACUGACCUUGGCAAUUAUAAGGACUCAGAACUCAGUUCUGAUGUUAAGUGCAAUUUUCGGUGGAGUUCUAAUCCUUAUCGAUUCAUUUCUAUCAAUGAGGGUGUGCUCGGCGUCAGGCCAAACAACAAAUUCAUGUGGUUAUCUCGUAGAGGAUUCAUUUGGCUGCAAUUCAUAUCUGGUGAAAUCUUUAGGUUUGCCAUGGAUAAACAUCGUCGUCAACUAGAAGCUUCAUUUGAGAGUGGUUCCCCAGCUUUGUCGGUACAGGAAUGUAGCUACCGAAUCUUAUACAAGCAAGACUUGCAAGAAUAUAAGCAAACAAUUAUACAGUGCUUCGCCUCUGUCUUUGACAACUUGGAUCACAGUCUACCAUAUAAGGAAGACGAUUCUCGACAUAACGAGGAGCCAAUUCAUGAAGAUGAUCAGAUGGACUCUUUAGGAACUACAAGCUUUUCUGAGGACACCCCCCAUGGACGGGAAACAACAGUGGCUCUUCCUGAGAGUGAAACCAGUGGAAAUUCCUUUAAUCGUUUCAACAGCAUACUGUUUGAGCCCAUUUUGUACGACAACAAAACGGCAGUAAUUUUCGCUGAUUUUCGAGGAUGGGAAGAAUGAGAAGGUAAAGCCAGCCCGAGGUGUAUAUCCAGCCCAUGUAUGUUGGUGUUCAGAAAUUCAGUUAGACUUCUUAAUUCACUUGCAUCGACCAUGGCGAUGUUUGGGACAUUGUUGUAUUCGCAGGCGACAGCUAAAAACAAAGCGAACUGAAAAGAAGAAAUAGGAAUACACCGCAGUUUGUCUGUUGUAGCCUUGUAGGUGCUUAGUUUUUUACCUAAUAAACUUUGUGAACUUGCUCUUGUUGUUCAUCAGCUACCAAAUUCCAGGAGUAUGAUCUCUCUCUGAUUUAUCAAAGUGACUGCAUGUCGAUGUCAAAUUUCUGUUAGGAUUGAUGAAUCUUUCUUCUCUGUUUUCACUAGUUCUUGUUGCUGGCUUUGUUUUUGUUCUGAUUAUGUUUAUCUGAGGCUAGAGACCUAACAUGCUGAGUGAAAAAUUUUGCCUUUUGGUU